GUGCAGAUUCUCGAAGAGCUUGAAGUUUUCAAAAGUUGUUCUUUCUGAUGACCACUGGAAUCAGUCCACGUGCUGUUGGUCGUCCAGAAAUCAGGAUCGGUAUUAUUAUGCCAAAGCUUAAAAAUGUUCCCACGAUCUUAGCCGUGAGCCAUCUUGAGUGAUACUGCUCUUCCUUGGGAAGACAUCCAAACUUGUCCUCGGUUUGGAGGAAUGCUUUCCGAGUCCAACACGUUUGACCUCGUUUCUUGCAACUUUGGAUCUAGUGGGACGAAGAGCGGCAUCUUCUGCGACCUCCACACUUGCUCUCUCUCUCGCUCUAUGCUCUGCUCUGUGGAGUCUGAUGGCAACUAUAUAUCUCAGUAGCAGCUGACAUUGGUACUCACUCAUUGGCCACUCAUGCAACCUGACAGCGACUUUACGUUACUGUCGUCUGAUCAUCUUUCUGACCAUUCCUCCUGAAGCAAGAGGAGUCUGGCAGACGUAGCCUUCAGCUGCUCGUGGCACUGAAGCUCUCGAUCCCCAGGGGAAACCAGAGCUGCCCACUUUUUGAGCCGCCUCGCCUCGAUACGAUCAGUGGUGCGGAAUUAAGCCACAAGAUCUGCGGAAUCUCGAGCUUCUCAGUUUAGAAUGGCGACUAGAAUAAAAAUUAUGCCCCAGAGCAUGUUCGCCAUUAUUAUGCUCCUGUCGAGCAUGCACCUGGCGUCUACCAAUGUGCAAGGAGCAUUCGGGGGAGGGGGACUUCAAAUUGGAUUCUACGCCUUGACAUGUCCUUCUGCUGAGUUUUUGGUAAAAUCGGCUGUCUCCAGUGCUCUCAGCUCCAACAGAAGAACGGGCGCCGGUCUCAUCCGUCUUCUCUUCCACGACUGCUUCGUCGAGGGAUGUGAUGCAUCUGUUCUGCUCGACGGGCCGAAUACCGAGAAAACUGCACAACCCAAUCUUUCGCUGCAUGGAUUUGAAGUCAUCGACGCUGCCAAGGCCGCAAUUGAGGCCGUCUGCCCGGGCGUGGUCUCGUGUGCUGACAUCGUAGCCAUCGCUGCUCGAGACAGUGUUUCUCUGCUCGGAGGCACUCCUUACCUCGUUGAGACAGGCCGUAAGGACGGAACUGUAUCAGUGGCCGCGAACACAAACGACAUUCCGUCUCCUCUGAACGACGCAGCGGCUCUGAUCAGCAGUUUCGCCAAGAAGGGACUCAGUACAAGCCAGAUGGUCAUCCUUUCAGGCGCUCACACGGUGGGAAAAGCACAAUGCGGGGCUUUCCUGAACCGUCUGUACCCGACCGUCGACCCCACGCUCGACCCCGCCUACGCAGCGCAAUUGAUCGCUCAAUGCCCUCAGAACGGAGACGCCACCGUGCUCAACGAUUUGGACCCAACUACGCCUCUGCAGAUGGACAGCAACUACUACAAAAACCUCAUCCAGAGCAGAGGUCUGCUCACCUCCGAUCAAACUUUGUACACAUCGGGAGCCACCAAAGGUUUCGUACUCGGCAAUGCCAACUUCUUCUGGUCGCCCAGCUUCUCGCAGGCCAUUCAAGCCAUGGGUCGCAUCGGAGUGAAGACUGGUGCCAGUGGUGAGAUUCGCAGAACCUGCCGCUCUAUCAACUAAAAUGAAGAAGGACUUCGUCGAUAGAAACCUCCUUCAGUCUGUCUGCUAAUGUCAACUGCGACAGUCUCCCGAUCUCAGACACCGUCCCCGUCCAGCCAAGUUUUCUAUUUACUCUCUGCAUCUCAUGUUUGUAGCGAACGAGGUAUCGUUGCAUUCAGCGACCUCUGGCAUUACAGAAUUAAAUUCUCUAAAUUCUCAUUAGAGAAUUUGUAGUUUUCCCUCUGAUUGUUGCAUUAGUUCGGGUUGCACCAUCGACCAUCAAAUGUAAGUCUGUGGUCUUGUAGAGAUUAAGUUUCGAUAGCCUAGGACUUGUGUGCACGAGCAGUUGUGCGACCUGCCGGUACAUAACCAAGUCGACAGGAACAGAUUUCGAUGGAAACCUGUUCCUGUCCUCGAGUUGGAAUACUUGAGACCGUACAUAGUCAGGAUGCCCAUUACAGGCUGUGUAUAUAAAGCUGAUUUACAUUGUACGAAAGAGAACUGCUCGUUCAGCAGUAUGUUUGUUUCUCCAUCG